CUUGAGCUACGAUAAAUGACCUAAACGGAAAUAAACAAUCCAGUGGUAUUAGCCAAAUUUGGUAAUGUAGAACUAACACAUUUAUUUAUUGUUGGAAUGCCAUACUGUGCUAGUGAACUGAAAUUUGUGUCUUAUUCUUACUCCAUACGCCGGCGCUAACCGGAAGACGGAACCUGCAAUAAAAGUUACUUCAGUAUACUCAGUGCGGUUAAGGUGCAAACAAGCCAGCCAAUGGACGAGAACCAGCCGACUCUUGAUCUGAAUUUGAAUCUGCUACAACGCACCAGGGAACCGGUGAUAUUCGUAAUCGGCGGGCCAGGGUCCGGCAAAGCCACUCAAUGCAAACAGUUAGCGGAAGACUUCGACAUGCACCAUAUUUCUAUGGGUCAGGCUAUAAGGGACACGUUUCGCAAAGGACAGACGGAUCAUGCUAACAGGUUGCAAGAAGCGUACGACAAAGGUGGAAUGGUCCCUUUGGACGAAGCGAUGUACGUCCUCAAAGCCACAAUGACCCAGCGCCUUCAACAGGCCAGCAAGCCGUUUAUCAUCCAUGGUUUUCCCAGGUAUCUCCACCAAGCCGUGCAAUACGAGCGCGAAAUCGGGUUUCCCCGAGCAGUGAUUUUACUGGAGGCGGAUGAUGAAAUCAUGAAAAGCCGAUUGACAGAUCGCAGUAAAACCAGUCGACGACCGGACGACGUGCAUGAAGCAGUAGAGAACCGUCUCACAUGGUUUCAUUCAUGUGUAGCGGAACUGGCCCAUUAUUACGGCCCACACAACAAACUGUACACGGUGGACGCAAACAGACCAGUGAAAUCUAUUUACAAAGAUAUCUCGCAAGUUGUGGAAAUCUGGGUGUAGAAUCAUCGCUUUCCUUUCCCUUUACGUGUUUUGCCUUUACGGUCUCUCGGGCGGCCUCCACCGGCUUUCAACAAUCUUUUGACGCCUUUCUUCCUGGUAUCGGUUAAAUCCGCGGCAAACGUAGAUCCUUUAUUGCCGCCUUUCUUUUUCUUAGAACCUAAAAGAACAUAGGUUGAACAACUGCAAAAGUACAAAUUGUAAGUGCAACCUUCAAAUAUGCGAUGCAACUGUAAACAACUUAAAACAAGGCUCUAGACAAAGUUUUCACGAUAAAAUCUGCGAAAUA